GCAUAUUCAUGCACACUGCACAUUUGUGUGUUUUUGGGGUCAGUCGGCGGAAGAUGGCGGUCUGGAUGCUGCUGGCUGGCUGAGAGAGAGGAGCUGCUCUCCCCGCGGCGGAGGAUCACACAUUCAACCCGAAUGCAACACAGUCUCAUCUGGAUUCAUAUUCACGGCUUUUCCCGCUCGGGUAUGGACUGUUGGAGUAUUUUACUAGGGUACAAGCACCUCAGACGCUUCUGUGGGGGACUUUGCGGGGAGUUGCAUGUUAUUCUUCGGCUAGCCGUGCGGAGCAGCUAGCGGCUUUCUCCUCCACUUUAAAGCCUUGAAAUUGUAACAAAAAUGUCGGAUACUAAGGUAAAAGUAGCGGUUCGAGUCCGGCCAAUGAACCGGAGAGAGAUUGAGCUCAGCACAAAAUGUGUGGUUGAGAUGGAGGAAAACCAGACUAUUCUUCACCCACCGCCCUCCAAUGCGAAAGGAGAAAGCAGGUAUUCUCCUCGUGUGUUUGCCUUCGACCACUGCUUCUGGUCCAUGGAUGAGUCCAACAUCCCGAAGUACGCCGGUCAGGAGGUCGUCUUCAAGUGCCUCGGGGAGGGAAUACUUGAAAAUGCCUUUCAAGGAUACAACGCCUGCAUUUUUGCCUAUGGACAAACAGGCUCGGGGAAAUCCUUCUCCAUGAUGGGCAACGGAGAGCAGCCGGGCCUGAUCCCCAGACUCUGCUGCUCGCUGUUCGAGAGGGUCUCCAGAGACCAGAACCAGACCCAUUCCUUCAAGGUGGAGGUGUCCUACAUGGAGAUCUAUAAUGAGAAAGUCCGGGACCUGCUGGAUCCCAAAGGCAGCAGACAGUCUCUGAAGGUCAGAGAGCAUAAAGUCCUGGGUCCGUAUGUGGACGGUUUGUCUCAGCUGGCUGUGAUGAACUUCGAGGACAUUGAGUCUCUGAUGUCGGAGGGGAAUAAAUCACGCACAGUAGCCGCCACUAACAUGAACGAGGAGAGCAGCCGAUCGCACGCCGUCUUCAGCGUCAUCGUCACGCAGACGCUGUAUGACCUGCAGUCUGGGAAUUCUGGUGAGAAAGUGAGUAAGAUCAGUCUGGUUGAUCUGGCCGGCAGUGAACGCGUAUCUUUUCUGUGGUGUUUUCUGAUGUCUCUGUGGUAUUUUCUGAAUGUCUCCAGGUCUCUGACAACGCUGGGCUGUGUUAUUUCUGCACUCGCUGAUCAGUCUGCAGGAAAAGGCAAGAGCAAGUUUGUGCCGUACAGAGACUCAGUGCUGACGUGGCUGCUGAAGGAUAAUCUGGGUGGCAACAGUAAGACGGCCAUGAUCGCCACCAUCAGCCCAGCCGCUGACAACUACGAGGAGACACUCUCGACGCUACGCUACGCCGACCGAGCCAAGAGAAUCGUCAACCACGCCGUGGUGAACGAGGAUCCCAACGCCCGCAUCAUCAGAGAGCUGCGGGAGGAAGUGGAGAAGCUGAAGGUGCAGCUCUCGCAGGCUGAGUCUCUGAAGGCUCCUGAGCUGCAGGAGAAACUCCAGGAGUCUGAGAAACUCAUUCAGGAGAUGACGGUAACCUGGGAGGAGAAACUCCGGAAAACUGAGGAGAUCGCACAGGACCGUCAGAAGCAGCUGGAGAGCAUGGGAAUCUCUCUGGAGUCGUCAGGGAUCAAGGUCGGAGAGGACAAGUGCUUCCUGGUCAACCUGAACGCUGAUCCGGCUCUCAAUGAGCUGCUGGUUUACUAUCUGAAGGAUCACACGCGUGUGGGGGCCGACACGUCCCAGGACAUCCAGCUGUUCGGCAUCGGGAUCCAGUCUGAACACUGUGUGCUGGAAGUCACGUCUGACGGAGACGUCGCGCUCACGCCGGCAGACAAUGCCAGGACCUGUGUGAACGGGACGAUGGUUUACUCCAGGGUUCACCUGUGGCACGGCGAUCGCAUCCUGUGGGGAAACAACCACUUCUUCAGAAUCAGUCUCCCGAAGCGCAAGCGGCGCGAGCGAAUGAAGGAGCCGGAGCACGACAGCUUCGUGGAGGCCGACGUGGAGACGGCGAGCCAGGCCUCGUCUGAGCAGGACUACAGCUACGAGUUCGCACAGAUGGAGGUCAUGAUGAAAGCGCUGGGCAACAACGGUACACACCUGACCUUUGACACACACAUCUUCCUGUUGUGCCUGGACGAGCUGUUCCGUCAGAGUCUGUCUCGGCUGCGUGAGCAGGUGGUCCGAGCAAACACUCUCGUGCGAGAAGCGAACUUUCUGUCCGAGGAGAUGCACAAACUCACCGACUAUCAGGUCACGCUGCAGAUCCCAGCCACCAACCUCAGCGCCAACCGCAAGCGUGGCGCAAUAGUCAGUGAACCAGCGAUCCAGGUGCGACGUAAAGGGAAGGGAACGCAGGUGUGGACCAUUGAGAAACUAGAGAACAAACUAGUGGACAUGAGAGACCAUUACAGAGACUGGAGAGAAGCAGCACAGGAGGUGGUGAACCGGCUGCACAGUAAGGCGGGCGAUCCGUUCUAUGAAGCGCAGGAGAAUCACAAUCUCAUCGGCGUGGCAAACGUCUUCCUGGAGUGUCUGUUUCAUGACGUGAAGCUGCAGUACGCCGUUCCCAUCAUCAGCCAGCAGGGGGAGGUGAGCAGCCGUCUGUGUGGUGAGCUGGCUGUUACAGUGCGGAUCAGAGAGGCGUCUGGUCUUCCUCUCAAUCUCUCCAACUUCGUCUUCUGUCAGUACACCUUCUGGGAACAAUCAGAGCCCGCUGUGGCUCCGCCCAUCGUCAGCCCGGACACGCCCCCCUCACAGACAGCCGACGCCCACUUCACUGUGCGCUUUGACCACUGCAGGGAUUUCGUGGUGCAGGUGACGGAGGAGUUUCUGGAGUUCAUCUCAGACGGCGCUCUGGCCAUCGAGGUCUGGGGUCACCGGUAUGCGGGUAACGGCCGGUCCGUGUGGGAGCUGGACGCACUGCAGGCCAAGAGACGCACGCUCAGAGACAGGUGGAGUGAAGUGUCGCGUCAGAUCGAGCUGUGGGUCUCCAUACAGGAGCUGAACGAGCAGGGCGAGGAUUCGUCCAUAGAGCUUCAUCCCAGCAGAGACGUCAGCACUGGAGGAGUGUUUCAGCUGCGUCAGGUGCGGCGUGAUGCAGACAAACUGACCAGAACCACCAAACUACAGAGACCUCUAGACAGCUAUCAGCAGAGGGAGGAAGACACCGAUAUGGAUAGUUAUCAGGAGGAGGAUCUGAACUGCGUGCGGGAGCGCUGGUCUGACGCUCUCAUCAAGCGCAGGGAGUAUCUGGAGGAGCAGAUCAAGAGGAUCAUCAACAAGCCAGAGAAGUGCGAGGAGGACGUGGAGCGGGAGGCCAGGCUGGUGGAGCAGUGGGUGGGUCUGACGGAGGAGAGGAACGCCGUGCUGGUUCCGGCUCCCGGCAGCGGGAUCCCAGGGGCCCCGGCGCACUGGGUUCCCCCUGCUGGAAUGGAGGCUCAUAUUCCUGUGCUGUUCCUGGAUCUGAAUGCUGAUAACCUGACGGCGAACGAUCAGCUGACCGGUCCUCACGCCGCCGGUGUUAACUCAAUCCUCCCCAAAGAGCACGGCAGCCCGUUCUUCUACCUGCCCAUAAUCAGACACAGCAAUGACGAGGUGUCGGCUGUGUGUUCCUGGGAUUCGUCCAUCCACGACUCCAUCCAUCUGAACCGGAUCACGGCGCCCAGCGAGCGGAUCUACCUGAUCGUGAAGGCCACGGUUCAACUCAGUCACCCGGCGUCUGUGGAGCUGGUGCUGCGCAAGAGGAUCGCCGUCAACAUCUACAACAAACAGAGUUUUACUCAGAGCCUGAAGAGACGGAUGUCUUUGAAGAACGUUCUGUACUCCUGUGGAGUGACGUAUGAGAUCGUGUCCAACAUCCCAAAGGCGUCUGAGGAGCCGGAGGAGCGCGAGACUCUGGCCUUGAUGGCGGCGCGAGGAGAGAGUGAGGAGACGCUCGAUGGAGUGACAUAUAUAGAGAAAUACACCAGAGGAGUGCUGGAGGUGGACAAUAUUCUGUGUCUGGAGAGACUCCGGCAGGCCGUGACGGUGAAGGAAGCUCUCUCCGCUAAAGGCAGACACAUACGGCGCAGUCUCAGCACGCCCAACGUCCAGCACAGCUCUUGUUGUAAACCGGACGGGACCGGAUGUGAGGACGUAAAGACUCACUGUGACGGUCCAAUGGAUGUCACAGAAUCCAACGUACAUGAAGCUUCACUCAACAGUCCUCUCGCAAAAGACACGCCUGUCAAAAACAAAGAGAAUCAGGGAUCGGUACCAGAGAUGCAGAGCAUGCGUUGGUUUGCGGACCCCGGCGGCCCCUGGUCCAGACCCAGGGCUCAGAGCGAGGGCCGUGGCACCAGUGACAUCAUCAGCAGCUCGGCCAAUCACAGACAGCCCAGACUGAGCACUGAUCUCACUCACACGCGGCCGCACGCUGCUGAUUCAGAGGAGGAGGAUCCUGACAUGGAUUCAGCCUUCACCCAUUCCAACGAUCCAGGCCUCGGGUCUCUGGAACUCCAAAACUUCAAGCCUUACAUCCCAGAGGAUUUUGCCAACUUUGAGGUGUACAAUGCCAGCCUUGAGACCCAAGAUGGGGCCAUAUGUGUGCAGGGAGAGAUGGCGCUGGGGAUCGGAGAGUUAACAGGGACACGGACUGUGGAAAAAGAAGUGUCCCGUAGUCCCACGGCCAGCUCAUGCACGAGCGGCUACUUCUCCCAUAGUGCCUCGGACGCCACGCUGUCCGACGUGCUCCUCAGCGGUAGCGAUAGUUGCGACCAGCUCAACAGCAGAGAACCUGCAGACCCUCAGGAAGCACUGCACGGAAGAGGGUUGCAUCCUUCCAGAAGUGCCUUGGGAUCCUGUCCGGCCCAGACCAUUCCCACUCAGCCCUGUUCCCGUCACUGCACUGACCGGGACUGUUCCCCUCAGCUUCCCCGCAAAUGUAUCCUGAGCGUCAGUCAAGAAUUCACGGACUUUAAGGGUGCAGAUGAUGGUGUAGGAAAAGAAGACCUUGGUAACAUCAGAUGGAAGGCGGAAUCGAUUCCCCCAAACUUUAAGGGUGUAGAUGAUAGCGUAGAAGAAGACAACCUUGGUAACAUUGGAUGGAAGGCGGAAUCGAUUCCCCCAAAAUUUAAGGGUGUAGAUGAUAGCAUAGGAGAAGACAACCUUGGUAACAUCAGAUGGAAGGCGGAAUCGAUUCCCCCAAACUUUAAGGGUGCAGAUGAUGGCAUAGGAGAAGAGAACCUUUGUAACAUUGGAUGGAAGGUGGAAUCGAUUCCCCCAAACUUUAAGGGUGCAGAUGAUGGCAUAGGAGAAGAGAACCUUUGUAACAUUGGAUGGAAGGUGGAAUCGAUUCCCCCAAACUUUAAGGGUGCAGAUGAUGGCAUAGGAGAAGACCUUGGUAACAUUGGAUGGAAGGCGGAAUCGAUUCCCCAAGGCAUGGAUCCCCUGCCCCAGUGCCAUCUCCACAAUGGGAAAGAGUCUCCCAGUGUCCCAGCACCAUACGCCAACCCACAGCUGGAAAAAAGUCAAGGACUCGAGUCCUUUGCGGAUGUAGAACCUUCGGUGGACUCUAGCGAGGACGAGAACGGACCAGUUGCUCAGUUGCCGGACUGGAUGGCCCCCGGUGAGCAAGUUUGGGUGGGCAAAAGGAGUGGGACGGUGCAUUAUGUUGGAGGGGUAGAGUUUGCCAAAGGCAUCUGGGUUGGAGUAGAGCUGGACCUUGCUGUAGGCAAGCACAAUGGUACAGUCCAGGGAAGGGUGUACUUCCGGUGUGCCACAGGUCAUGGCGUCUUCGUGAAGCCAUCCUGUUUGACUCGAGGACCUCCGUCCAUAGACACCGAACCUCAACCUGUGCUUCAGUAGGAGCAGGACAUUUACCCAAUAGUUUGUAGACGAUCUCUUCGGCACCAGCACCAGGGACUGCCUGGACAAACCAAGUGCUAACAGAAUCCAUCCUUCUGAUUUGUUCAUCACGUUAGAGAUUUGUUGGUUCCUCUGAUUCCAUGGCAAUAAACCCAACCUGUGUGUCUUGUGUUGAAGUUAUAGGCCUAUUUCAGUAUCGUCUUUGAAUGUCGAGAGUUGCACAGUUGCACAAACACGUUUUAUAUAUCAUGUAUAGCUGUAAUACUUACAUCCAUCUUGGUUAAUUGGUUACCACUUCUUAUAUGACUAAAUGUAUUAAUCGAAUGAUGCCUAACUCUACUAUACUUUAAGUGAGUUUGAGAUUUGGAUGUCUGUUCAAGGUAAGAAUGUACUACUGUUUAUGACCAUUUUGUUUGCGUGAUUAUAUCAGGUAUUACCAAAGACAUAGCCUUUCAAAUCUGCUGUUCAAACUUCUUAUGUAGAUUACUUUGGCGACGUGUUUUAUGCUUGUGUACUUUAAUAUGUGUUCGACCGAUUUAUGCUAAUAUGCUAAGUGCCAUAUUUCUGGUUGGAAGGUCACAUGCCCAUCAGAACUUCAAAAUUGUGGUCAAUUUUGUUUUAGAUUUAAUAGUAUUUUGAUUGGACGGCAAGCCAGUUGCUCGUACUCUGUUGCGUUACUGGCUUGUUGAGUACUGUAACUGUUGAAGGACUGCCGAUAUUUCUGUUAACAGAGCUGUCUGAACGCUUGCACUGGAGUAACUUAUCCUGGAUGCACAUUAAGUUACGUAAUGCAGACUUUUACGCAUUCUCAGAUACUGAUUUGACGCUUCUCAGGAGGUUGACGGAAGUGAGGUCACCCCUGAUGUGGAGAGCACCUUGUUUUCUUUAUCAGACCCUUGCCGGUAGGGAGCAUUUUUGCCAAACGCAGAUAUCCUGGUCUACUUUGUAUCGGCUAUAGACCAGAAAUGCCCUAAAGUACUGACACAAGCCCUGUUCAUGAAUGGGGUCUUUUUAGAUAGUCGACUUCUAGGUUCACCCACCUAAUAAAGAAGCUUUCGAGCAUUUAAAUCCAUGUGUGUUUGACUGUUGAGUAGGAUUUUUAUUAGUUUGUGAUACUAAAGCCAAUAUUGUUUUUAUAGGUAUAAAUGGGAGAUGGGCAAUAUCGGGGAAUGGGACAUAGCCUGAAUAAUGCUAGUAUGUUUAGUGCCAUGACCGGUGCUGUUAUUAUUGCUCUGUUUUACCUGAAGAACUGUGGAUCUCAUAAGAAGUGAAUACUAUUGCUGUCAAUGGAGACGGUAAAAUGAAAACUCAAGACCUUACUUAAAAGAAAACAAAGCUGCUCUCCUUGACAAGGAGCUGUACAUAAAAUGUAUGAACAUAGUAUUUACAAUAUUAUAAAAUGUACAGAAUUGUAUUUAUAUUGUAUCUCUG